GGCCGCGGGCCGCCUCCCCUUCCCUGGCUUUCCCUCCGGCUUGGGCGGCCACAGAUGUUCACCCUCCCUCAGAAGGAAUCCAGGAUGACUACCGCCUGUCCAGAUUCAGACUCCAUACAGGGCCUGCCCGGUAACAAGGGAGAUGGUCUGGAAAGAGAAUGCUCCAGAAAACCCCACCAGAAGCCGCUGAAGUUCUACAGAGUGGGUGACCCUGCUGCCGUGCUCCCCUCCAGCAGCCCCUACCUGUCCUCUAGAGGAAGCAUCAUUAAAUGGUUCUGGGAUUCAGCGGAGGAGGGCUACAGGACCUACCACAUGGAUGAAUAUGAUGAGGACAAGAACCCCAGUGGCAUCAUUAACUUGGGCACCAGUGAGAACAAACUCUGCUUUGACCUGCUGUCCAGACGGCUGAGUCAGAGUGACAUGCUGCACGUGGAGCCGGCCCUGUUGCAGUACCCCGACUGGAGGGGACAUCUGUUCCUCCGGGAGGAAGUGGCCAGGUUCCUGUCUUUCUACUGCAGAAGCCCCGCACCCCUUAAACCGGAGAAUGUGGUGGUUCUGAAUGGCUGUGCCUCUGUCUUCUCUGCUCUGGCCACGGUGCUGUGUGAGGCGGGGGAGGCUUUCCUGAUCCCUGCCCCUUACUAUGGAGCCAUCACGCAGCACGUGUAUCUCUAUGGCAACGUUCGACUGGUCUGUGUCUAUCUGGACAGUGAGGUCACUGGGCUGGAAACGCGCCCCUUCCAGCUCACAGUGGAGAAGCUGGAGAUGGCCCUGCAAGGAGCUAAUUCUGAGGGUGUGAAGGUCAAAGGCCUCAUCCUCAUCAACCCCCAGAAUCCUCUGGGUGACGUCUAUUCCCCAGGGGAGCUGCAGGAGUACCUGGAGUUUGCCAAGAGGCAUGAGCUGCACGUGAUGGUGGACGAGGUCUACAUGCUGUCCGUGUUUGAGGAGUCCGCUGGGUACCGCAGUGUCCUGAGCCUGGAAAGGCUGCCUGACCCCCAGAGGACCCACGUGAUGUGGGCGACUAGCAAGGACUUUGGGAUGUCUGGGCUCCGCUUCGGCACGCUGUACACGGAAAACCGGGCCGUGGCCACGGCGGUGGCCUCCCUCUGCCGCUAUCACGGCCUCAGCGGCCUGGUCCAGUAUCAGAUGGCACAGCUGCUCCGGGACCGUGACUGGAUCAACCAAGUGUAUCUGCCGGAAAACCACGCCCGGCUCAAGGCUGCCCACACCCAUGUCUCAGAGGACCUCCGGGCCCUGGGUAUCCCCUUUGUGAGCCAUGGGGCCGGCUUCUUCAUCUGGGUUGACUUGAGGAAGUACCUGCCUGAGGCCACCUUUGAGGAGGAGGUGCUACUCUGGCGUCGAUUUUUGGAGAACAAGGUGCUGCUGUCCUUCGGCAAAGCCUUCGAGUGCAAAGAGCCUGGCUGGUUCCGCUUGGUCUUCUCCGACAAGACCCACCGGCUUCGCCUGGGGAUGCAGAGGGUCCGACAGGUGCUUGAGGGCCAACCCCAGCUGGCAGACGGCGCCCCUGCCCGCCCCAUCCAGGGGCCACGAGGCCCCCACAGCUGAGCUGGCCAUUGCCUCGUGGCCACAGGGCCCCACAGCCACCGUGAAGACUGAUGCUGGACAAGCCAUUUGCCAGGCAGAUACCCUUCUCGGCUUUGCCCUCGAAGAAGAAUCCUUGCUCCUUGCUCUCCCCGGGGGCAGUGAGAUGCGCCUUAAGUUGUGGCCCACCCCCUCUCUCCUGCUAUUAAAAUGAA